CUUUGCUCUGUUGACUCCUGCAACUCAAAACUCAGCAAAAAGGCAUCGGUGGAAGCUGAUAUAUCAUCUACGCUCUCAUGCUCUAUAUUUUUCCUUCUCGUUUCCAAUUUCCCCCUUCAUUUAUUAAUGCGUAGCACUCUGGUUUCAUACCAUGUAGCUCGAAAAUUUUGAUGUCUUGAAUUUGCAGUGCAGGGCAUGGAGCUACUUCAGCAUGCUGCAAGGCUGCAGUUUCUGUUCAGCCCUCUGAAUAAAAUAUGUCCAAUGAGUUUCCCCUCUUUGGAUUCCCUGAUGUUCAGAAAGAACAACAACAGCACUAUAGUUUCCUCCUCCUGCGAGGGCCCACCUUUAUGCCUCUCUCAACAAAACCCCAUAAGGACACCUCUACGGGGUGCUGGUAGCAGAAGAAGUCGAAUAAAUGUUUCCAAAAUAGAAGAACUACUAAAGCUAGGUGAAGAAGAUGAAGACGAUGAAGAAGAGUCCAGUGGGAGUGAGGUGAAGGAUGGAGAUGAGGAUUCAUUUGUUAUGGAUGCAGAAGAGAGAAAGGAGUGGAGGCAGAAGAUUAGAGAAGUGAUGGGUAGAAUUCCUGAUGUUGAAGAAGAGACAGACCUUGUUGAGAAAAGGAAAAAGAUGCAGAAACUUUUAGUUGAAUACCCCCUUGUUGUUGAGGAGGAGGAUCCAGAUUGGCCAGAGGAUGCUGAUGGGUGGGGUUUCAAUUUGGGUCAGUUCUUCAACAAGAUCAGCAUAAAGAAUGUCAAAAAGGAUGAUGAUGAGAACUAUGAUAGUGAAAAUGAAAUAGUAUGGCAGGAUGAUGAUUAUAUUCGUCCAAUUAAAGAUAUAACCACAGCAGAAUGGGAGGAGGCUAUUUUUAAGGAUAUCAGUCCUCUAGUUGUUCUUGUUCAUAAUCGUUACAGAAGACCAAAUGAAAAUGAAAAGAUUCGGGAUGAAUUGGAGAAAGCUGUGCACAUCAUAUGGAACUGCAGGCUACCAUCACCAAGAUGUGUCGCAAUUGAUGCUGUUGUCGAGCUGGAUUUGGUUUCUGCUCUAAAAGUCUCUGUUUUUCCGGAACUCAUUUUCACUAAGGCGGGGAAGAUUUUAUACCGUGAGAAAGCAAUCCGAACAGCUGAUGAGUUGUCAAAGAUAAUGGCCUUCUACUACUAUGGAGCUGCCAAGCCACCUUGUCUGAGCAGAGUUGUGAACAUGGAAGAAGCAAUUCCUACUGUAGAAAUUAGAAGGGAACAUCCCUAAUCAAAUGGCAUAAUCUAGUAUUAUCUACAAUGUUUAUCCAACAGUAGUUACAGAAAAUGGUGAAGAAACAGGAUGAUGGUUUAAAAUGUGUUUUUUAAUUUCUGACAUUUUGGUUAUAUCUCUUUGCUUAAACUUCUAGUGACAUUUAAGCAACAGUCUGUGGAGAAAGUUACCGUUUUUUCUGAAAAUGUUGUGGUUCUGUGUAGGCAGGUAGCUCAUUGAAUGUUUUAUUACUUGUUUAAGAGGUUUAAAAUUAUACAACUGCACACUUUAGGUCAAUUGCAUGCUGCAGAGCCAAAAAUUGUACUAUAGCUGAAAGCAGUACUUGUGCCUGUUGGAUGUGCAUCGGAAGAUCAGAGUUAUGAUCUACAUGGUUUUUGGAUUGCAUAUAAUUAUGCUAUUCUCUAUCUGGCUGUUCCAUGGAGGUCUUAAUUCUUGAAGUUUGUUGCUCGGGCUUUCUCUCUUUAAAUUGUUAGUUUUCCAGUGACAAAUGGGAGCCCACUUGUGGGGUAGCUUUUCUUUGUACCUGCACCUUCCUCUACAUAUUAUUUAUUGGAAAGAGUUCAUAUCUUGUCUAGUGAACAAUUUACUCUUACUGCUGUCUGCAUAAGUAAUAAUAGUUAACUUAUCUUCUAUGUGUGGAAAGGUAUAAUGUUCUGAAAGUUCAUUUCUUUAUUGUGAUUGAGAAAUUAGAUAGUUCCAUGUCCACACAGGAAAAGUUUUUUGUUCACAAUUUAAAGAGCUAUUCGGCUGAUGAUGAUAAUUCCAGGUGAAGAAAGGUGAACUAUUUGUAUUAGUGGCAUAAGACAGUAAUGCGGACAGAGCAUGACUUUGCCGGCAACACAAGCCUGAAGUGUUGCUGUUGCUCCCAAGA